AUCACAUUUUGAUAUGAACAUAAAGUAUUUCACUUUUCUUGUUGCUUCCGUACUUUGCGAGUUCAACCUUACAGAGACGUUGGCUAAAAAUGAAAGUUCACCUCUUGUGGAUCUUUCGAAAGUUGCCCGCGACCAAGGAGCAAUUGUAGUCGCCGCAUUUCCAGCAGUAUCUACAAUUAAAGCAAAAAGUAAGAAAAAAUUUGGACUGGGAGCUUUUGAAAGGGGAUAUACAAACACUGGUGCGACUUUUUCAAGAAGAGGCAGAAGUGGAGCUUCAACUGGAAAUCCUUAUGCAUCUGGAUAUCAAGGGCUCCCUGAAUCACAAAGCAGUCUGCCAGGAGAUCGUGUAGGUGGAAUGACCAGAACUGGAAAGAGAACUUUUGGAAGUUAUGGAAGCGUCGACACUGCAAAAGGUCAAUCCUCGGCUCAUAGAGCAGGAACCGGUUCAGGAUGGAGAGGAUCUUCUCGGAAUGACGGAGAGAAUGACGAUUGGAAUAAUGGAGAUCAGAACAAUAAUAACAAUUUCAACUCUAAAAACAAUCGAAUGAACAAAUAUGGAAAUAGAAACGAUGGAGAUGAUUAUAAUGGAAAUGGGAAUAAUCAAGACAAUUGGAAUUCGGGAUCAAAUUCUGGAGGGUACAAUGGUGGUGGUGGAGGAUCUGGAGGAGGAUCUAAUUGGAAUAAUGGAGACAACGAAAAUGACGGCUGGAAUAAUAACAACAACAAUCGAAAGAGCAACAACAAUAAUAAUAAUAACUAUGGUAAUUCAUGGGGUACAAAUGACAACGAUGGAAAUUCUUGGAAAGGAUCUGGAAACAGCAAUGGAAACUCUGAUAAUUGGGGUGGAUCCUCGGGAAGUGGUUCAAAUGGAGGAAAUGAUGGAGAUUCUAAUUAUGGAAAUGAAGGAUCAUGGAAGCCAAGUGGAAAUAGUUAUGGAAGAAAUCGAGGUGGAGGAAAUGAAGGUGGUGAUCAAUGGGGAAGUAACAAUAAUGGAGGAGAUAAUUAUGGAUCUGAGUUGAGCAACAAUUGGGGUGGAUCUAAUGGUGGAUCAGGAUCAAAUGGAGGUUCUGGAGGAGGAAAUACUGAUAAUGAUAACUGGGGAAGCAAUAAUGGCAAUUCUGGAGGAUCAUGGGGAAAUGGUGGAACUGGAGGAUCUGGAGGCUCUGGAGGUGGAAACUGGGGAGACAAUGAUAACUAUGGCAGUAGCAACAAAUGGAAUGGAAAUGGAAAUCAGGAUAAUGACAAUGAUAACUUUGGAGGAGGAUACAGUAAGAAUGGAUACGGUAGCAAUAACAAUAGAAACGACGGAUGGGGAUCUUCUAGUAGCAAUAAUAACAAUAAUAAUAAUAAUAAUAAUAAUGGAGGAACUGGAGGAUACAGUAACAACGGAGGAGGAUGGGGUAGCAAUAAUAAUAAUAAUGGAAAUGAUGGAAACAAUUGGGAAUCCAAUAAUGGAGGAAAUGGCGGUGGUGGUGAUAACUGGAAUAAUGGAAACAGUGGCAACAAUGGAAAUAAUAAUGGUAAUGGAGAUGAAGAUUAUGGAGAUUGGUACAAUAUGAAGAUGAAAGAUCCAUCUGUAGCUGAAGAUUCAACGACUAAAACACCUGAAGUUGAGAAGAAGAUUGCCGAGUUAUUGAGUAUGGAUACAUAUCGGAAGAUGUAAAGAUUUCCUGGGUUUCUGUUGUUUUAACUUAUAUUAUUGAUUAACUUAUUGCAAUAAAUUCAUAUUAUUA